AUGAGCCGGCCACUGUUUUGGAAGCAUACUGGCUCUUUUAAUGGUCGAACCUACUUUACUACUACGCAGUCUGCUGAUGCAUCAGCACCACUGCUCAACUCAGGAUCGUUUAUUCUGUCAUCCAAGACUGAUAUCCAAAAGGGACAAUCUCUCCUUCUAGCAUUGACUCGCAAAUACCAUUCUGACCAGCCUGUCGAUGGGACAAUUUCAUUUGGUGGAGAUCACUCUAUUGUUGUUGAAACUGUGGGAUGGGACAAGAUCAAAGACAGACUGAGUAAACUGGGACUGAUUCAUGAGCUUGGACUUGCUGGUUUGGGUAUCUCCUGUUGUGGUUCCACUCAACAGGAACUCGAUGCUGUUCGUCAGUCCUGUGCGUCUGUAGUGGAUUUGGAUCUGUCCAGAAACUUGCUGUCCAGCUGGUCUGCUGUGGCCGAGAUUGUGGCCCAGAUGCCCAAACUCAAGUCAUUACGACUUUCUGGCAAUCGGUUUGCAUCUGUGUCUGCAUCCGACACUGUCGAUUUGACAUGCGUCUUUGCCUCGAUCACUCAAAUGACUCUCAUGUCUACUUUGAUAUGUUUUGAGCAGCUGGAGCGGAUCGUGUCUUGGUUUCCCAACAUGAAUGAACUCUAUCUUGGUUCAAAUAUACUUUUGUCACUUCAAACUACUGCAUCUGGCUUUGUCCAAGGUCUUGAUCAUCUUACUGUUUUAAAUCUAGAAAACAAUUCUCUCUCAAAAUGGUCGGAUGUUCAGCGUCUAGGAAAGCUUGCAAGUCUAAAGACUCUGAAUCUAUCCGACAAUAAGUUUCAAGUCAUUGAACCCAAUGUCCUUACUACCUCUGAGCCAUUGUUUGCUCAUUUGACUGCUAUUUCUCUCAACAACAAUCUGAUCGACUCUUGGUCAUCAAUCCAUGCGCUCAAUUCUUAUCCGGCUUUGGUGGAUGUGCGAAUCAAACGCAAUCCCAUUACUACCAUUGCAACCCAAGAGGAACAACAGUCACAUGCUCAAACUAUUAAACCCAAUGGCAAUCUGGUAUCAUACACCCGCUCAGAUUUGUUUUGGAUUGCUGUUGGCAGACUAGAACGCGUUACUCUCCUUAAUGGAUCAACAGUUUCUGAUCGCGACCGACUCAAUGGUGAGCUAUUUUACCUUUCCGAGGCUGCCAAAGCCCUGGCUCUGUCAUCUGAUCCUAGUCUGUUUGACACGAUUCAUCCUCGAUAUACUGCGCUUUGCAAGGUACACGGCACUCCAACUCUCGCUCCUACCGCACUAUUGUCCAAUGCUCUCAAGGAUAGACUGUUGAAACUCAUUCUACAUCAUUGUGAAUCAGGUCGUAUAAUUGAAAAGAAAUUCCCUGCUACAAUCACCGUCAGAGCCAUCAAACCGCUGCUGAUCCGAUUAUUCAAGAUCAAUACCCUACAUACUGAUCAUGCAAAUGUGAUGGUGACAUGGGUUUCGGCUGUAGAUGGUCGUACUGAGAUUCUCAAAGACGAUCUCAAAGAGUUGGCGUAUUAUGAUGUUGUCAGUGGUGAUACACUCAAGAUUGAGGUUUGUUCCUAACACAUUUGUGCUUUCAAUAAACACCCCACACUUUAUGAUUCAACAAUAAAGCUGCUAUCAAGUACCAUC